UAGAAGCCUGUGUUCUUCAUAGGUAAAUCAAAAGCACCAGCUUGAACCGCUUCUGCGGAGAAAACCUGACAACUCCUCAACUCGCUGAAACAAAGGUGAGCCUGGCCAAGAAGAGGUCUGCCGAGCGACAGAGCUGUGAGGCCAGGAGAAGCUGUGACCUUCACAGUGUGACCUGUGAGGCUUGUGUGUUCCUAAACCCCAGACCUCUUGACGCGAACAUGGCCGGCUGUCGGGACAACACGCUGAGGAUUGUGCUAGUGGGGAAAACCGGAAAUGGGAAAAGCGCCACAGCAAACACCAUCCUUGGGAGAAAAGAAUUUGAUUCUAGAAUUGCUGCCCACGCUGUUACCAAGACCUGUCAGAAAGCAUUGCGGGCCUGGAACGGGAGGGAGCUUCUUGUCGUUGACACCCCAGGGCUCUUUGACACCAAGAAGACCCUGCAGACCACCUGUCAGGAGAUCAGCCGCUGUGUCCUGGCCUCCAGCCCGGGGCCUCACGCCAUCGUCCUGGUUCUGGAGCUGCGCCGUUACACGGAGGAAGAGCAGAAAACCGUUGCGUUGAUCAAGGCCAUCUUUGGGGAGUCGGCCAUGAAGCACAUGAUGGUCUUGUUCACUCGCAAAGAUGCUCUGGAGGGUCAGAAGCUGAGUGACUUUAUAGACGGUGCAGACGUGGACCUGAAAAACAUCCUGGCAGAGUGCGGGGACCGCUACUGCGCCUUCUCUAACCACGGGGAGCCAGGCACGGCUGAGAAGGAUGCUCAAGUGCACGAGCUGGUGGGGCUGAUAGACAAGAUGGUGCAGGGAAAUGAAGGGACUCACUUUUCUGACGCCGUCUACAAGGACACCGAGGAAAAGCUGAAACGUAUGGCAGAGCAAUUGAAGAAAAUCUAUGCUGAUCAAUUAGAAAAGGAAAUUAAACUCGUAGAAAAGCAGUGGGCUCAUAAAACACAGCAAGAAAAGGAACAAGAAAUAGAACGCAUAAAAAAGAAAUAUGAAGAAUUAAUAAAAAAUAUAAGGGAGGAAGCUGAAAAGAAUGUAUUUAGAAAUGUUUUCCAAAAUAUUCAGAGCUUGCUUUCGAAAAUAUGGCAUCUUUUUUGGUAGUUAUGUAAAUCCUAUUUUUUCUUCUUAAUUUGCUAUCAUUUGUUAAUGCGGUAGAUUUUGCAUUUUCCAAAAACGGCUUAAUUUGCUAUCAUUUGUUAAUGCGGUAGAUUUUGCAUUUUCCAAAAACGGCUCUCGUGGUAUCUUCUGCACCACUUAUUCUGCUUAGAUCUCAGCUUGUUACUCCUUCUGUUGAGUUAUGGUGUGUGUGUCUCCUACCUGACACUCGGUGGACAUUGUAACUGCUCUGAUACAUAGUAGAUGAUUAAAGCCACGCCACGUGACUCCUAAGGUUAGAGAGAGACAACACGCCCCUGCUCUCCCGGGGUGCCUGCCCUUGGAACGCGGCCGCCAUGUCGUGAGGCAGCCCACGGUGCCCACGGAGAGGCCACACGAAGAGGACUUGAAGUCACUGGCACGGCCCCCUGGCCGGUCUUUCAUCUGCCAGCCGGAGCUAACUUGCCAGCCGCACAAGGUCAGCGACACAGAAGCGGCUUCCGAGGCUGCCAGUCAAGCCCCGGCACACACAGCUGCCAAGAGCGAAGAUGAGCUAUCCCCGCAGUGUGUCCUGCCCAAAUCGCGCAUUCGGGAGAAAAAAAUAAACGAUUGCAGUUGUUGUUAAG